AUGGACAGAGUUGACACCUCUGCAGAAUGGUGUGAGUGUUUAUUCACCGGAUGUGAAUUCUCGUCAUUCCACAUUCGACUUGACAAAGGCAUAUUGGACCGAGGCGGUAAUAGGGCCCGCCAAGGUGAAGUGUGUGAAGCCAGGCACACUAGGUGGCGCUGGGUGGUGAAUACCCGCUCAAGUCCCAAGCCUAGAAAUGGGCAUGAUCUAACACGACUGACAUCGCAGUGCGGCUCGAACGGUCUGCGUUUGUGGGGAAGUGAGGUGAGCCUCAGUAGGGUGGACAUUCAACGCUUCGGAAUGAGUGGGUCGGAUCAGUCAUCAGGUCAUUCUGUAGUCCCAGAGAAGAGUAGGCGUGCUAAGAAGGCCAGGAAGGCUUUCCGGUCUGAUCAACUGCUAGAAGAACUCCCUGUGACACCAACCAAAGUCAACGUGGCAAUUUGA